CAUCUUGCCCACCAGGAGUUAGUCCAGUCUGCGAGAGAAGGGGAUGGAUGGGCGAUGACUCGAGAGGUUUACGGCAAAAAGCACUCCCCACCUGAGCAAGUUUGAAAGCAGCUCGCAGGCGGUCGUGCUCGGUGGCUGGACAGCUCAAACCAAAUCAACGUCCAGGGGGGGCAAAAGAGCGGCCCAACUCCGAGACAGGCAGCCGUGACCUCAGACGUUGCUCGCCCCUACCUCGGGCAAGGUGCAAGCGGCGAGGACAGGCGACAGGUGGGAAGUGGUCGAGAGAGAGAGGUCAGACAUCAAAGAGGAAUCGGGAGCGGGCUGGUGGGUGAGCGUUCCAGAUAUUUGACAAGUUUUCUCUCACUACCUACUCCCGACCCGGUGCUGAUCAGAACCUGCCGGCUGUCCUUGUGCGGAGAGUGUUUACGCAGUCGAGAUUUGCUGCUCUCUGAGAACACAGGUACUCAAAGAAAACACUGAGAAGGUAUUCCGCCGGCAGACUGAGCAGCAGGACUACUUCCGAGGGCCGGUUUCGCUUCUUCCUUCGGCGGGCGGCCUCGCAACCUCCGUGCUCUCCAACGGUUACGGCCGCAUCCUCUGUCAGUCAUAGGCGUCGACCAAUGGAAGGGCGCGAGUAGGCCACCCUGAUUGGACGCCGGCGCGGAGAGCGGGUUUGGGUCCCGCCCCCUGUCGUCUGAGCUUCUCACCUGCGACUGACGGACAGCCUGGACCCCCCGAAGCAGCGAGUCCUGGCUCCCAGCCCCGACAUGGCAGAGCAACCGCUCGCAGAGAUGGUGGAGAUCGCAGUGCGGCAAUUCGCAUCGGACGCCGACGGUACCCUGCAAAGCUCCCACACAGACGAUCGGGACGAUGCCAGUCCCAGUGGGAAACGCCGCAGAGUGGAGGUGCCCCAAGCGGAGACCGAGGAAGGAGAGGAUAGCAUUCAGGCCCUCCUCUACUCUGCCAGCAAGACCCUCUGCCUGCGCCUGGAUGCCAUCGAAGCCGACCUGAACUCCAUGGAGGACAAAUGCAAGUGCCUGAGGGCGAAGGUCGACCUGCUGGCCAAUCAGAACGUGCUGCGGGCGCCAGUGGCCGAGCUGCAGAGGCCGGAGGGGCAGCAGCCGGCAGGCAGCAGCUCAGCCACCGUGACACAGGAGGCAUCCAGCAAAGCCCCGCAGUCAGAGGAGGAGUUUGAGGGCAACGCUGAGCCAGCGGGGGAGGGGGUGAUCCCAGGCGUGCGGAUUGUGGCGCUGUGCGCGGACGGCCGGGAGGGGGCGGAAGGGCGGCAGGACAGCUCCGUGGCCUUGCUGCCGGAUGCCACCAACCUGCUGUACCAGCUCAUGUACUGACCGCUCGCCCUCGCUCCUCCUUCCACCCCCCCCCACCCAGCGCGAGGCCGCAGGACCCCCUCACCCCCACACUCGGCUGGACGCCUGUCUCUGAACACAGUCCGAUCCCAGGUCCGAUGUUUCCGCCCUCCCCGAACUGUUCUCCACACCCACCUCCCCUUACCGAGAAUAUUGGAGUGAGCUGUCACCCUGUACCCCUCCCCAAUCCAAGAAAGAGACCUGAAAUUGAGGGUCUAUUUCUGUGCGAGGGGUUAACUCACCCUUCCACGUACCUGCCUUCCUGUUUGACCCCACCAUGGCUGGUUUUCUACCUCUGCGCCACCUUUCCUCUCUCCCUCCAUUCCCCUGAUAUCCGGAGGGCGGGAGAGAAUUCUUGACCUUCGCUCCUCUCUGGGGGAAGGAGUUUCUCCCCCAUCUCUGUCCCAAGUGGCCCCUUCAUUCCCUGGAUCUGGGCACUGAAUUUGUUCUGUCUGAGGAAGUUAUUCCUCAGGAGCCUUUGCUGCCCUCCCUACAAGUCCGUCCCUCAUUGAGUCAGAGGACCAGUGCGCCCCCUGUUGAGUCGGAGGGCCAUACCGCCCUCUGCUGAGUCAGAAGAUCAGACCAGUACACAAUAUUCCAUGGAGAGUCUCUCUGGUGCCCUGUAUUAUUGGAGUAAGAGGCCCGUCCUCCUGCACUCCCUCUGCCACGUCUAUGCUUCUUUGGGUAGGGAGACUAGACCUGUACGUGGUAUUCCAGGUGCGGUCUCACCAGGACACUGUCAACUGGAGCGAAAUGUCGCUGAAAUCUCUUUCAAUAAAGGCUGAUGCACCUA